AUGAAACUCACCUCCCUAUCCAUCUUUUCUCUCCUCGCAACGCCGAUCCUCGCCAUAAACGGCCGAUGCGAUGCGGGAUCCGAAUGGGGCUCGCGCCCAGACUGCAUCUGCAUCGACCACAAUGAGUGCACGAACAGGUGGAAGGGCCACGCCGUCCAAGGCUCCCCGGGUAAUUGGCCUUGUCCAUGGGACGGCGGGAAUGUUUGGGGUUGCAUGGUUGGCCACCCGUGUGUGACACAUGAUUCUUAUUGCGGGUGGAGGAGCGUUUGCACGGGAACCGGCCGGUAUUCGGGGAUCGUGUUGCCUGUGUACCCACUGACCCUUGCCUUCAACCCAUUUGACCUUAUUGUUGGAGACAGACAAGCCAUUGUCAUAGAAGAAGUUACAUACCAUCAAGAUAUCAUCUUGCCUAUGCCAGGAUACCAUAGGGACGACCCCGCGCGAUUGCGCCUUCUCUUGGGUAACGAAUCCGAGCCGGAGUUGUACCUCACGGAGUCGGGAAUAGAAAGUUUCGAAUUGUGCCUGGCGGCCAGACGAAGGCAUAAUAAAGAGAGAAGAGAUUCACGUAUCAAAUAUGUGAAUGAUGUCUACAGAGUAAAUUCCACAGAGUUAUCCGGCCAAUCCAAGGAUUUCUUGGCCGUCGAUCUCUCAGAUAAGACGUCAGGAACCAGCGUUGUAUUCCUCCUGCAGUCACUAGCUGCCACCCAGGAACGAAUCACCGCGGUUGCUGCAAAUCCGGAUGGGGUUGUUGCCCGACAGAGUGUUGCCCGCCGGGCACGAAUUGCUGCAGAGGAGGCGGCUGCGUCUAUCCAGGAGGCCGAUGUUGCGGUGGCGGAUCUUCAUGCCCACCUGGCUCAAUUUGUUAUCAGGCCGCUGGGACUUGGAAAUGCCGAAAACCUUGCCCGCAUUCUGGAAUUGACGACGACAACAACAACAACAACCAAAACGGUGCCGCCAGGAGGGGAGCCGUCAGGAUUCAGCUGCACCCCAAUGACCGUGACAAACUCUCUUGGAGAUUCGCUCGAACUUGGGGAUAACUGCGCGUUAAGAUACUUCCAUGCCAAAACAGCCACCUCUUCCGAAGCGGCCAGAGCGCUGCGUAUAAGACAAGGCGACUGCCCACCAACUCGGACAACUUCGACAGUCUAUGCAACUGAAGGCGCUGGCGGCUUCAUGACAGUCACUGCGACAGUCACAGGAAGCAACUCCGCCCCGCCUGGCUUCUCGUGCACCCCCAUGACCGUGACGAAUGCGGCGGGUGAUGAGCUAGUCAUGGACGAUAAGUGUGCCACACAACUGGCCACAGCGGCGCCAAAAGGAGCAUCCCAACCGGGCACCGCUGGGAGAGGCGAUAUCUUCGUGGCGACGCGUUAUGCUGUUUUGGGAAGCAUUGCUGCUCUUCUGAUAGGCCUCUUUCUGUUGAUAGAUAAAUUACUAGUAUUGCACCAACAAACUUCUGCUUGUGUCUCGCAGCCCGGAUUUGCGAUGUACUGGAUGCUAGGGGAUCCAAUCUGGGUGGAGAUUGAACAAGGCGGAUGUCCACUAGUUAUUGGCUUCAGGGAGAUUGGGAGCAUUGGAUGGAUAUCCGGCUCCGCUCCACAUUAG